AUACUUGAACUGCUCGAACAGCCGCCGCUCCGGCGGGCUGCUAGCUGCAUCGCGGGGCGUCUCUGCGUCUCCGCGCCCCGCAGCGUCUGCCCGCACGUUUCACGGCCUCCGCGGUCCCGCACGGGCCCCAGCCGGGCGAGCACACGGGCGGCAGGCUGGCUGGGCCUGCGGCGAGCGCCAGGACUGCAGCGUUGCGUCUGCGGGGCGGAGCGCACGGGGCUCGGCGCGGCUGACGAUCCCGCUCGCCCGCGGGUGUCGAGAUGCUGGGCCGAUCGGCACCGAGGGCCGCGGCCCGCAACGCGGGCUCGGCCCUGCUGACCUUGCCGCAGACGGCUUCCCAGGAGGACCAGGAGAACAUCAAUCCGGAGAAGGCAGCGCCCGCCCCGCAGCCGCGGAGCCAGGCCGCGCCCGCGGUGCUCAAAGCCGGCCCUGCGCGGGCGGCGGGGCCGCCGAGGCCCAAGACACGACGGGCUGCACCCCUAAAGGACCUGCCGAUAAAUGAUGAGCCUGUCAGCGCUCUUCCUCCUUGGAAGGCUAACAGUAAACAGCCCGCCUUCACUAUUCAUGUGGACGAAGCCCCUGCAGAAUCUCAGAAGCCGCCACCCGAACCCAAAGCCACGGAGUGCGAAGAUGUGCUGGCUUUUAAUACAGCCAUUGCUUUGUCUGGCACACGAAAACCUCUGGUACCUCUUGAUUUUCCAAUGGAUGGUAGUUUUGAGUCACCACAUGCUAUGGACAUAUCAAUUGUGCUAGAAGAUGAGAAGCCAGUGAGUGUGAAUGAAGUGCCAGAGUACCACGCAGACAUCCAUGCAUACCUCAGGGAGAUGGAGGUUAAAUGUAAACCUAAAGUGGGUUACAUGAAGAAGCAGCCUGACAUCACCAACAGUAUGAGGGCCAUCCUGGUGGACUGGCUGGUAGAAGUGGGGGAGGAGUACAAGCUGCAGAACGAGACCCUGCACCUGGCUGUGAACUACAUUGACCGCUUUCUGUCCUCCAUGUCUGUGCUGAGAGGAAAGCUCCAGCUCGUGGGUACUGCCGCCAUGCUGCUUGCCUCAAAGUUUGAAGAAAUAUACCCCCCAGAAGUAGGCGAGUUUGUGUACAUUACAGAUGAUACCUAUUCUAAGAAACAGGUUCUGAGAAUGGAGCACCUGGUUUUGAAGGUCCUUGCUUUUGACCUGGCUGCACCUACAGUAAACCAGUUUCUUACACAGUACUUCCUACACCUGCAGCCUGCAAACAGCAAGGUUGAAAGCUUAGCAAUGUUUUUGGGAGAAUUAUGUCUGAUAGAUGCGGACCCGUACUUGAAGUACCUGCCGUCAAUUAUUGCCGGAGCUGCCUUUCACUUAGCACUCUAUACCAUCACAGGACGGAGCUGGCCGGAAUCAUUAGUCCAAAAGACUGGAUACACCCUGGAAAGCCUCAGGCCUUGCCUCCUGGACCUCCACCAGACCUACCUCAGAGCACCACAGCAUGCGCAGCAGUCCAUUCGAGAGAAGUACAGAAACUCAAAGUAUCAUGGGGUUUCUCUCCUCAACCCACCCGAGACACUAAAUCUGUAACUAUGAAGGAUGCCUUGCUUUCUAAUGUAAAUCAUUCCAAGUACAUGGUGUACAGUUUUUAUUUUAGGUUUUAAUUUCACAAUCAUUUCUGAACAUACAAGUUUUGGCCAAGGACAAAUUAUGGUAUCUAUCAUUUUUAAAUGGUUUUAAUUUGUAUAUCUUUUUGUACAUGUAUCUAUCUCAGAUAAUUAGCUAAUUUUAAGUGGUUUUAGUAAAUAUUGACUCCAGCCGCCAAUAUAAGAAUAAAUUGGAAACCUU